AUGAAAUUAUUCAACCUCCCGUAUCUUGCCUACUCUCGAAUCAUCACUUCAAUGAAUCCGAUCGAAGUGCUAUCUCUAUCAUUUUGUUCGAAAAAGUCAAGAGACAAAAUCAAACAGAUACGUUUUCAUGUUGAUUAUGCGGGAAUUACUACAAAAGUUAGCAAAUGUAAAGCUCCAUUGUUUCAAUUACGGAAUUUGGUGGGCGGUCGACAUUUAUCUAUUCCAUUCGAAACUGCUCCACGUUGGGCAAGGUGUGAUGGGAGACGAUUUACAGAAACUAUAGACGGAGUCGAACACUAUUUCAGAUGCGUUGAUGUCCACUCAGGAAGUAUUCUAUACAGUGAUAUCCCACACAGUGGGUUCCAAAUAACCUAUUACAUUUUGGAUUUAAUACGAACAAGUUUGCAAUAUCUUCAGUUGGAUUUGAAUGUGAUCGAUGAUUUGGAAGGAUUCAUAACUGAACCAUGCAUGAAAUCAGUCUCCGGAUUAAAAAUUCUUUCUGAAACUGUUACUUCUGAAAAACUGUCAGUUUUCUUCAAUAAUAUAGAAAAUCCCGUUGAAGAUGUAUAUAUUCACUCAAAAGUUGAAGGAGAAGUGUCUACAAAUCUGAACUUCUUUCGAUCUGAUAGAUUAAUAUUUUACGAGACUAGUUGGAUUACAAGAGAACAUUUAUCUGGAUUCAAUGGAAAAAUGUUGUAUGUAUUCAAUCCUACUUUUGAUAUUGAACUUGUUAUUGACUUUAUAAGACAUUGGAGAAACGGGAAUAAUACGAAAUUCAUAGCACUGAAAAUGAGUAGAGUGCCUCAAAAACUGAUGAAUAGAGAUCGUUUUAUUUCCGAGUUCGAUGCGAAACCAUGGGAUCCGAAGAGAAGAGAAAGAUGUUAUAUUUAUGAGAAAGAAAUUACUGAUAAACAUGACGUUGUUACCGACUUAUCGGAAGGAUUCGAUUUCGAGAGACAUGAUGGAUUACUUUCAACAAUCUUAAUCAGUCCACCGGCAAGAAGCGAUUUGUGUCUUCGCGGAGAAAUAUGUGCUGAUCAGUUGGAUGAGUACUUUUCAGCAUCUCCAAAACAAAAAUACAUUCAAUGUAAUGUUACUCUGAAAGGAGAACUCAAAGAAGACUCGGGGUUUUAUACAACAGAUUUGAUUGACCUUCGUGAUCACUCCUCAAUGUCUGUUGGAAUCUUGAAACAUUUCAUUGGCAGAAAAGCAAUUUUGAGAACUGAAAGACUGGAAAACUGUGAUAUUAUUCAAUUCAUUCAGAGAUGGAAAUCAGGAAUAGCGCAUCAAAAUCUGGAAAUUUUAAUUGUUCGUUUGGACCGUUUUUAUUCUUCUUUCGAUCCAAAUGAAGUCAAAAAGUCGAUUCGUUUCGAAAAUCUGAGCAGGAAUCCACCGAUAUUUCCGGUCGAUAGAACCUAUAUUUUCGAUUCAAGAUGCUGGAAGAAACCAUCGUUUUCAAGCCGGACAUAUGUAGUUCGAGAGACUGAUCAACACGUUGCAUCAGUGAUGAUCGAGAAGCAGAAAUUCGUAUUUGCAGUCUGGAAUAUGACAGAGGAACACUUCUUGCGAAUGGACAAUUGA